UUCAACAUCAAACACCCCGCGUACACUUCGCUUCCGCCAGCCGUCGGUCAGCACACGAGCCCAGGAGCCCAGGAGACAUGUCAGGCGCUUCAGCCUCCAGGAGGAAGCGCGUGCGGACUUGGACGUCGGAGGAGCGAGCCGCGCACCGCGUCUUUGAAAAGUGUAGACGGGAGGCCUUCAACGACAGCAUGAUACAACUUGCCAGGCAUAUUCCAUCUCUGGCUGGCACACGUCGCUUGAAUAAGCACAUGAUUGUCGACCACAGUAUCGCAAGGCACGAGUCGCAACGACGACUCUGCAUCGCGGCCGCUCGGAGUGCGCAGGCACUCAUCACCGAAAGAGACGAACUGCUCGCCGAGGUGAAUCAAUGGCGCUCAGCGAGUGCCGUUCCGCUUCCGCCUAGGGAAGCAGCGCCCGUGGGACAGCAGCUGCACGAGUUGAUGACGGUCGAAGGCGAGACAACUGGACGGUUUCCGAAUGGGUUUGGGGAUAAUGCGCCGGAGAAUGAUUCGGGAGACGACCAGUAUCAAGAAGAAAUAGACGGGGUUUCCGCAGAGGAGUGGUCUGCGAAUGCGCUGCCAGGCGCCGAAGAGGCUCUGCUCAGCAUUGACUAUCUCCCGCCGCCAACCCUAUCUCAAGACGACGUGUCUGCUACAUGUCUUCCAACCAUGUUCGAUUCACAAUGCCUACGAAAAUGCUACUAA